AUGCGACAUCCUAUAAGGAUUUUAGAAGUUUUGAUUCGGUUUCCCCACUCACAGUUCCCAGACCUUCUCUUCCAGAGCAAUGUGCUCUUGGUGCCUGCAUCAGGGGGGACCCCUCAGGCACCUGACAACCUGGAGGACAAAACUUCCCAAAAAAAGAAGCGGGCAAAGGCAGCCGAACAGCCCACUCCCCCCAUUCAGGAAGAGCCUGAGCCUGUCAGCAAUGUCUUACAAGGAGAUGACAUUCUUGCCUUGGCCAUUAAGAAGGAAGACUUGAAGAAGCAACACGUUCCUCGGUUUGCAGAAAUAGAAGGGAAGCCUGUCAUUACGCAGAAAUUUAUCAUCCGUAAGCUCAAACCGAAGGAUUCUAGCCGGAAGGUCUACCACUUGGUGGCACACCCCGCUCAUCCCGAUGCCGCCACGAAGCCCCUGGACUACUCUGGUCCGGGCGACAACUACUUAAGCAGUGAUCAGAUCCUGCCUCACCAGAUCUUGGGGAGUCUUCAGGACUUUAAAAGAAUCGCAGUUGCUCGAGGGAACACCGAGCUGGCUAAGCUGAUCCACACCCAGCCCUGUUUGAUGACCCUCAUCUCAGCUAAAGAAGAGCCGAAGCCAAAGGCCCCAAAGGAAGAGAAGAGACCUCCAUGGGCUCCACGUCUUCAGCACAACUUCCUAAAGAACUGGCGACGGCACAUUGCCUUGUGGAAGAAGCAACAGCAAGUCCUUAGUGAGCAUCUGAAGAAGCCCACGAGUGAGCUGCUGAUGCACACUGGGGAGAGCUACAGAAGGAUUCAGGAGGAGAGGGAGCUCAUUGACCGUGCACUUCCAACCCAGCAUGAUAGAAAAGGUUUCAAGGCAGCCAAUUGGUUUUGGAGUCCAUUGGAAUACCUGGGAGAUGAGGUGACAGGUCUUCUCAUGACAAAAACAAAAACCCAGCGUGGCCUGGUGGAACCCAUCACACACAUCAGGAAGCCCCACUCCAUCCAAGUGGAGACUGGAUUACCAGCGCAGAAGGAUGCGUGGUACCGUUACACCUGGGACCGGAGUCUGUUUCUGGUCUACCGACGCAAGGAGCUACAGAACAUCAUGGCAGAUCUGGAUUUUAGCCAGCAGGAUAUCGAUGGCCUGGAGGUGGUGGGCCGUGGGAAGCCCUUCUCAUCUGUCACAGUGGAAGAGCACUCACCAUGUGAGAAGAGCCUGAAGAGUUCCUCCGAAGACACUAUGCUCCUAGACUCACUGACCAACUUCUCUGACAUGGUCCCCAUGCCGAUUCUCGGCCCUUCCCUGCUGUUCUGUGGGAAGCCAGCUUGCUGGAUCAGAGGCAGUAACCCAGACGACAAGAAGAACAUUGGAAUCGCUGUCCGCCUGACAUUUGAGACCCUUGAAGGGGAGAAAACGUCUUCAGAACUGACUGUGGUCAAUAAUGGCACUGUGGCCAUUUGGUAUGACUGGCGACGGCGGCCCCGUACGGAUUUUUUCCAAGACCUAAAGAGAAACAGGACACAGAGAUUUUACUUUAACAACCGGGAAGGUGUGAUCCUGCCCGGGGAAACCAAACACUUUACCUUCUUCUUCAAGUCUCUGAAUGCUGGCAUCUUCAGGGAAUCUUGGGAAUUUGGGACUCAUCCUACCCUCCUGGGAGGUGCUGUUCUUCAGGUCACUCUCCAUGCUAUCUCACUGACCCAGGACCUUUUUAUGGAGGAGAGGAAGUUGUUGGAGAGUAAGCUGGCUGCCCACGAGGCUGUCACCAUCGCACAGAGCGUGCUGCAGGAGUUACUGAGGGGCAUCUCGACUCCAGAGCGUGCGCCAUCCCCCGUGGAUGCCUAUCUCACCGAAGAAGACUUGUUCCACUACAGGAACCCUCGGUUGCAUUACCAGCAUCAGGUGAUCCAAGACCUGCAGGAGCUGUGGCAGCAGUACUCCAGCCAGCCCCUGAAGACUGAGGAGGCCGGGGCAGGUCAGGAGGAUCCCCUCAACUCCAGAGUGCGACCUGCUCCGACGCCCUUAAUGUUUGUGGAGAAGUCCCAGGGAGACCCCCAUCACCUGGUGAGCCGCGGGAGCCUAGCAAUGGAGGCCCCUCAGCUGCUCUCGAGGCAGGAGCUGGAUAGCCUCAGAGAACUCCGAGAGCCCUUCCUCCCUCAGAAGACUGGCACCAAGAGUUUCCCACGGAAGAGCAUUAUGGAGGAGAUUCUUGUGGAGGAGAGCCCUGACAUGGAGCCUACCAGGAGCCCCUGGGAGCUGGAAAGCCUUCCCCCGCCCAAGUGGAACCUCUGCCUAGAGGACUUCAGAAAGGCAGUGCUGACCUUCCCUGAGGAGGCCCAGAGAGAGGAUGGCCUCAUCCGGCUCAACAAGGCAGCUGUGGAGCUAUGCCAGGAGCAGAAGCCAUUGCAGUCUGACAUCCUGCACCAGAUGUGUUUGCAGCUGUGGCGAGAUGUGAUUGACAGCCUGGUAAGCCAGUCGCUAUGGCUAAGGGCUCUUUUGGGCCUGCCUGAGAAGGAGACGGUUUAUUUGGACGUCCCAGAAGAGCAAGGUCAUAAGUCCCCUCCAGUCAUAGAAGCAAAGGUGGCAGUCGGUAAAGUUGGGAAGGAGGAGCGGAAAGGGGCAGCCCAGGAGAAGAAGGUACCAGGUAUCAGAGACAAAGAGGAAAAAAAGGGAGCCAAGAUGUCAGGGAAAGAGGACCGCCUGAACAGCAAGAAACAGAAGACGAAGGAUGACAAGAAAGUGGUGAAGUCUGCAAGCCGGGACAGGCUCUCCUCAGAAGAUCCGACCACUGACACCACGGUCCCUUCCCAGGAGCCCAUAGACCCCCUGGUCAUGGAGAAAUAUACCCAGAGGUUGCACGCUGAGGUCUACGGGCUGUUGGAUACUCUGAUUACUGACAUGAUGGUCCUGGCGGAUGAGCUCAGCCCCCUAAAGAGUGUUGAAGAGCCUUUGCGUUUUUGCAGCUGACUCUUGGGUCCACGCUGCCUCCUGGGAAAAGGGUUAGAAAAAGUCAAUAAAGAAUCUUUAGGUUCCUACCACUUCCGUUGUGCCUCUGGGCAUGCUGGAUCUCCACUGUGUCAGGUGAUGUCUGUAUCCCACCUGCCCACACGUGGUUCCCACCCACAUGUAGGGAGGAGAUGUGCAAAUGACAAGCCGAAGAACAAGGGGGUAGCAGGGCAAGGAAUGAAGUCAGGUGACAGGGCAGAUUGCCUUGUCUUUGGAGCAGGCCCCGCCUCAGGGCCACACUUUCAGGGUCAUGUUUCCUGAAGUCAACACCAGUGUCAGAGUGAGAGACUAGGAGGAGAAGCAGAACCAAUGGGAUCUGGCUUCCUGAGGUCUACUUCAGCUCUCCUCACCCCCCAGGUGGCACUGGCCAAGCCUUUUAAACCCCGGAGGAACUGGGGCCAAGCUCAGACCCACCCCAGGUCUGAAGAAAAACAAACAAAAGUACAACUAUUUGCAACUAUUUGCAAAGAAAGUCUCACAAGUACUGUUUUCCUCUCCCGGGCUGUUCUCUUCAGCACCCGUGUCCUAAGCCAGAGGUUAGGAUUUGGGCUCUAGUCUGCUUUAUCCCUUCCUCCAGCCAACACAUCUGGCCCGGGGCCAGUUUUCUGCUCUGGUGAAAAAUGUAAUCUCAGUGGGACACUGUGAAGGUUUUAAAUUCAAAAUCAGCCGGAGCUAGAUAAUGACUCUGAGGCCAGCCAGCCUGGCACUACACCUGGAGACAAGGUCUCAAGCGAAACAACGAAACAGCUUUAAGAAUUCCCACUCCUUCCUGGAACGAAGGAAUGUGGACUGUGAAAUAGGUGAAGGGUAGCAGCUGGGACAGAAAGGCAGUGCCUGCUUGGGUCAUCCUGGGGUUUCUGUUGUAACAAAUGAAAAAAAAAAAAAAAACUUGUGGGCUGAGGGUCUUUAGGAGCAGCAGUGGAUCAAGGGCAGCCGGCAGCUCCGGCGCAGCAAAAUCCUAUGGGACUCAUACCUCACGAACCUUCAGCACUCUCCAGCCCCAUGUGGAACCCGAGGACACAGCCGCCCUGCUGAAAGCAAGGCGGCCCAUCCUUCGAGACCGUGACCUCAAGACGGUGGCCUUCAGCCCUCUACCUCCGGCGGGGGCGGGGGCUGCCCACCUCCAAGUCCC